AUGGCGCUCGAGACAUGCCCUACAGCAGCACUGGAGGGUCCUCUCCAGGGUGCAGGCACGAGCGAGGGUGAUGUGGAAGGCAGGCUGCUGGCCAUGCAGUACAAGUAUAAACUCAGUGUUAAGAACCGCUUUGACAAUCUAACAGAUCAAGGAGAGGAAACAAUGCAGGAGAAUUUAAAGAAUACAUUGGUAGAUUCAGCUGAAGAAACGCUGCCCAAGAAGAUGAAGGAUAAGAAGCAUAAGUGGAUGACGGAAGAGAUACUAUCAAUGAUGAGCAGCAGACGAAAGAUCGAAAAUAAAAGAAAGAUUUUUGGUAGAUGGACGCAAUACAUAUCUGGAUUAUUCGAUGAUGUAAGACUAGAUCUCCCACGGUUCACAGAAUCGGUGGAAGGUCAGAAGAUCCUGCCCUCAGAAAUUAGGGAAACUUUAAGGAGGAUGAAGAGAAACAAAGCAGCUGGUCCAGAUGGGAUAGGAAUGGAAAUGAUUGAGGCGCUUGGCGAUUAUGGUAUUGAAAAACUGAAAGAAGUACUUAUACUCCGCGUUCUGCUUCUGAGAGCAAGAAAUAGGUUAUCACCUGAAACUGGAAAGAUGCAGUUUGGUUUCGUCAAAGAUGCAGGUACCAGAAAUGCUAUCGUUGUUCUAACUAAUUCAUCAUUAGAGCAAGAAAGGAGGUUGAAAUUGGGUGGGCAUAACAUUACUAACAUACGUUACGCGGACGAUACGGUACUCUUAGCAGAAUCGGAAGAGGAUCUACAAAGGCUCCUGGAUAUGUUCCAGAGCAGAGACCUUUUCUCGACGCGCUCGGCAACAGCUCCUCGGGACGUCAGUAGUCCUUCAGCUGUUGGAGGAUACAGACGGGGUGAGAGGACGCUGGGAUCUUCACUCGUUCAGGCAGGCGAGCAGGCAGGCAGGAUGGGGUGGCAGGCCGUGACCGCAGUCGCGAUGGCACUUAUGGUGUCCUCCGUGACAGCUCAGACCCGCGGGAGUAGCUGCAGGACGCAAGAAGGGCUGACGGGGACGUGCGGAGCUAUCAGGGACUGUCCUGUGCUGAGUAGCCUUCUGCAGAACAUCAGGCAAGGGACGGCGCCCCCGGGUUCACUCAACGUAUUGAGGAAUGCCAUCUGCUCAUUUCUGAACAACGAGCCCCUCGUGUGUUGUCCCUCUCAGAGCUUGUCCGUUACUGCUGCGCCCACAAGGCCUCCAGUCGUGCAGACGACGCUUCCCAGCCCCCCCAACGUGCAGUGCGGGAUCUCCGGAAUCGCUGACAAGAUCAUCGACGGCGAAGACGCCCCUCUCGGCGCCUGGCCCUGGAUGGUGGUUCUGCGCGGCACAGUGAACGGACGCCGCUCGUGGUUCUGCGGCGGAGUGCUCGUGUCUGACCGCUACGUCCUCACCGCCGCUCACUGCUUCAAGGAGGGACUCGGUCUUGUGCUGGACAUAGCUAGGAUCGGGGAGCACACGCUCUCCUUCGACCCAGACUGCUCCAAAGGGCGCUGCGCUCCUUCGCCGCAGGAUAUUCCCGUGGAGAGGAUCAUCCGACACCCCCAGUACGGCUCCCCGUGCACGGAAUGCAACGACAUCGCCCUGCUCCGGUUGAGUCGUCCGGCCGUCCUACACCCACGCUUUGUGACGCCCGUGUGUCUCCCGGUCAACCCCGUCCAAGACAUGGGCUUCUCUGAGCAAGAAUUCCAGGGCAGAGGUGCCUGGGCCGCUGGCUGGGGCUCCACUGCGAGGGAUUUCACAGUCAACCGACGCCCGGACGUCCUCCAGCAGGUGCAGCUGCCCAUUCAGGAGCUGAGCUUCUGCGACAGGCUCCGGAGGGGCUACCCUGACCCCCGCAUGACCCUCUGCGCCGGGGGGGAGGGCAAGGACACGUGCCGAGGAGACUCUGGCGGCCCCCUGACCCUCUACAACCAGGUCGGGACCAAGAGUUUCGUCGUCGGGAUCACCAGCCUGGGCCCGAGGAGCUGCGGGUCCUCCAACACCCAGGGCCUCUACACCAGCGUCCGCUUCUACAUCCCGUGGAUUCUCAGGACCAUUCAGGGAUAGAUGGAGGAGGAAGGAGUGAGUGGGAGGAGGAUGGAGUGACUGGGAGGAGGAUGGAGUGACUGGGAGGAGGUGGAGGAGGAGGAGGAUGGGGACUGAAGAAGAUAAUAAUUGGAGAGGUUGAGAAGGAGAGGAAGGAGGAAGAGUUAGGGUUAUGUAAGGGUUGUAAAGGAAGAGGAGAAGAGGAGAGUGGAAUACGUGUUUGCACACGGAAGCACACACACACACAGCGAAUUUGUGUAAUGCAUACAUGCAUAUAUAUAUAUAUAUAUAUGUAUAUAUAUAUGUAUACACACACACACACACACACACACACACACACACACACACACACACACACACACACACACACACACACACACACACACACACACAUAUAUAUAUAUAACAUAUCUGUAUGUGUGGAUGCAUAUAAUUAUAAAGGAAUAAAUAAGUAUUUUUUAUAUACAUAUAUUCCUGUAUAUAUAUGUGUGUGUGUUUAUACGUGUAUGCGUGUGUGUGAAUAGUAAAGCAAGGAGGAUUUAAAACAAAAAACAGAGACACUAGUAAUGAUGAUUGCAUAUUGAUACAUAAGCCUAUUCUCAUAUUUUAUCAUUUACAACAGAUUAUUGUUAUCGAAGAAUUUUAUAUUUUGACAUUCUUUAUGGCGGAGGAAAAUUAUGUUUCGUACAUUUUUCAUUAAUGUGUAAUUGUGUGAUUUUAACAGAAACAGAAGUUUAUAUAUAUAUAUAUAUAUAUAUAUAUAUAUAUAUAUAUAUAUAUAUAUAUAUAUAUAUAUAUAUAUAUAUAUAUAUAUAUAUAUAAGCAGAUAACUUGCAGUAGAAAGACUUGACUGCUAACUCUUGUUAUAUUUAACACCCCAAAAUAACCAAACAUAAUGAAUGAAAAAUAAGACUAAAAAGAAAGUUAUUAACGUUGCAAAUGAGAAUAAAGUCACUCUGUAACCCCCUGAGGUUUCCUUUUAUCCUUGAACAUGGAAAGACGAAGAGAUAUAUUGGUAUUUUUUUUCUCUCUCUUACUCUCUCUCUCUCUUCGUUGUUUCCAUUUCUUGCUUGUAUUUUUAUAUAUCCUUUCGUUAUGGAUCUGGCGAUUUGUUCAAUUUGGUUGAAACUUAAUUGGAAAAUGUAUAUAAAAGGUUGAAUAAAGAUACGUCAUAAUCCGACAA